AUGCAUGACCCAAACGCGUAUUACGCGUUUAACGCAGAGGAGGAUCCUGAUCAAGGCGCAGUCCAGGACAUCGCAACUUUCGCCAUGGUCAAGCCAAAGAAUCAGGAACGCCUCCAGUUCAACGGUAAAGGACCCACAACCAAGCUAUCCAACGGCGUUUCGGUAUAUGGCGGACCAGAAGUGGUUAGGCGUCUUCAACGAGUAGUAGAGACUUUCCCAAGCAUCUGGACAAGCAAGGAGCUCGUGAACAUACCCAUAUCUCAGUGGAUGAGGAUUCGAUUGAAACCCGGCUGGGAGGACCAAGUCAAACAGGAAGCACGCCGCUACAGCCUGGCGAAACCAGAUGAGAAAGCAGUUGAUAGGGUGUUUAAUGGUCUCCAUGAGCACAACUACAUGGGAUGGACGGAUACGCUGACGCCGUCGGGGUCUCCAGUAUUUGUUGCAAAGAAGGUGGUCGAUCCAAAGUUGGACCAUGAAUACCAGGGAAAGUAUCAAUCGGCGAUUGACUUGUUCGGGCUUGACAAAGCCAAUGACCUGUUGCCAGAAAACAAGGGCGUCAAGACCCGCGUGGUUGUGGACCUCCGACGCAAGAACGCAAUGGCAAUUCCAGAUGUAUACCUUUUGCCAACGCAGCAGGACAUACUGUCAGCAGUCGCAGGAUGCCUUUACCUCUCAGUUGCGGACGCAACGGCCAUGUUCUACCAGUGGCCAGUGCACCCUGACAGUUACCAGCAUACGGGCGUGGUCUCCCACCGAGGGCAGGAGUUUUUCAAAGUCUGCAUCAUGGGAUUCCUGAACUCGGUGCCCCACGUCCAGAGACAUGUGGACAAUUAUUUCCGGGCGAUGCGAAAGUUCUUACGGGCCUACAUUGAUGAUUUGUCUGCUUUAGUCACACUCUGGAUGACCAUGAGCAGCACCUCUAUCAGUUUUUCAAGAAGUGCACGGAACUGA